UUUCAUCAGUAUGCUACUGUCAUAUGAUUUUUGAAUGACGAAAUGAGCCAAAUGAUCCAAAUAGCCCUUCUCGCGACCAGGCCUAACACUCAAUGGCAGCCCAACAAUGCUAAUAGAUCGAAAACAAAGGCCUACUGCCACCAACUCUCUUCCCCAUUCGUCACUUUAGAAAUCCAAUCCAACGCCAAGUGCAGUAUCUGAGGCAUUCAGGCAUAGGCGCAGCUUGCCCCUAGCACUAGCCAUCAUCCUAUCAAGCUCGUCCUAUGUGCGAUGGCAACUUGGAGCUCGUUCUAUGCUAUGCGCGGCUUCAAUAAGAAAAUACAGGUUCCGUACGUGAGUGAACCAUCUGUAGCUAUUCGUCGUCGUCGUCUUCUCCGAUUCGGAGCAUCUGAAUCCGACUGGUUUUCCGUUUGAAGUUCCCAAUCCGAUUCGCAUUUGGCGCCACUCGUCCCGGCCAGCUAUUUAGGCUCAGCUUACCAUCACGCCUCGAGCACUCGAUCGAUCGAGCUGACAGCAACCACACAACCAAGAGAGUCGCGAGAUAAACCCUAGCGCAGGCGAGCUCACCGGCGCAGUCCCAUGGCGAUCAUGUCGGUGCUGGCGGGCUGCUUCCAUCCUCCGUCGGAGGCGGCGAGGGGCGCGCGGUCGCAGCAGCGGAAGGCGGAGCGGAGGCGGUACGAGGCAGAGAAGAGGCGGUGGGUGGAGGAGCAGGUGGCGCUGCACCUGGCGGCGAUGUACACCUACGACGGCGGCCGCGGAGGCUCCGUCGACGUGAGCCGCUACGGCGGCAUCAACCUGGAGCUGGCCCUCUCCUACGAGUUCGACCGCAGGUGGAAAUUCGCUCGGAUCACGCGCCUGCUCGCCCAGGCGGAUGGAAUGAUGAGCGGCGGCGCCGUCAAGGUCCACCCGCUCGCGGCGGCGGAGCAGAUCGAGGCAGGGCGCGCCGGCGGCGAGAAGCCAUAGUUUCUUCGUCUAGCUAGGUUACCAGAAUUAGUCUUCUGUGACAAACGAGCACACUGCCAUUGAUCUCCAAGAUGACUUCUUGGCUUUGUAGUUGAAUCAUUCAUUCAUCAAUCAGUUUUUGCAUUUCUUCAUCCAUUGGUACUGUCUGCUUGCUUGCUGGUUAGUCUUUUGUAAUGGCAUGUACAUGCUGCGAUUGAUCACCAAGAUUGGAUUUUUUUUUCUCUUGUGUUUGUAAUAGUAACAUUUAUCAACGAUUUUGUGUUUCCAGUAAUCCCAUCUAUUCU